AUGUUAGAUUUCAGAAUAUGAAGAAAUCCAAGCCACUGCUUCACGACCAUCUGAUUACGAUUCGAGUGAAAAAGUAUCUCGAGGAGCACAUUGGCGAGACCUAUCUGGAUGUGAAAUUGAUGACCAAGGAGUUGAUGAGCAAAUAUCCAGAGUAUUCGCGUCGCAAGUUCGGACCAUUUAGACAGCUUGUGCAUCAAGCAUUUACCAUUAUCUCAGACAGCUAUAAUUUGGACAAGGUUAGCAGCUCGGAGGAAGAGUGCCCAAGCGAGGAGUCCGAGCCCCCUACUAACAGUUUGAUGAACAACAUGAUGAAUAGCCUGUACAGUCAGCAGACGAAGCCACAGGCCCCCAAGUCGAUCCCUGAGCCCAUUGACAUAUCCAGUGGCGAUGAAAUCGAGGAUGAUUCGCCCUCCUCUACCGCAAACGGCGAAGUGCCCCAGGCCCCGCCACCGCCAGUAAUCAACAGCAAUUCACUGAAACGCCUGAUGGGAGAUAUGCCGGAAACCAAGCUCCCGGGGCCAAAAAAAGUAGCUAAGUUAAAUCUAAAUAUCAUUCAAGGGCCUGGCAAAGACCCAGCACAGAAAUUCCAUUCAGGUUCAGGAGGCACUGGCAAGAACCACUCUGAUGUCCGCUCACGCAAAGAUCAGCGUAAUCCGCCGAUGCUCUACAAGCAACAGCGACAGCAAAAUCAGUCCCCAUCGGACCGCCAUUCGGGACGCUCGCGCAAUUACAGAAAGGAUCUGGAGUUGCAGCAAAUAACUGAAAGUUUCCGCGACAUUGGCGGCAUGGAUAGCACACUGAAGGAGCUUUGCGAGAUGCUCAUACACAUCAAGUCGCCGGAAUUCUAUUUCCAAUUAGGGCUGCUGCCCUCAAGGGGUUUGCUGUUGCAUGGUCCUCCGGGAUGUGGCAAAACCUUUCUGGCUCGUGCCAUUAGUGGGCAAUUGAAAAUGCCCCUGCUGGAAGUGCCGGCCACAGAGCUCAUUGGUGGCAUCUCUGGGGAGUCUGAGCAGCGCAUACGCGACGUUUUUGAGCAUGCCAUGGAUUUUUCGCCCUGUGUGCUCUUCAUCGAUGAGAUUGAUGCCAUCGGUGGCAAUCGCCAGUGGGCCGCCAAGGACAUGGAGCGUCGCAUUGUCUCACAGCUGAUUAGCAGCAUGGAUAACUUGAAGGUCACAGAAUUCGGCCAGUCUGUGAUCGUUAUUGCGGCCACCACGCGUCCCGAUGUCAUCGACCCCGGCCUGCGUCGCGUUGGCCGCCUUGAUCAUGAAAUCGCCUUACACAUACCAUCGCGCAAGGAGCGACGGGAGAUCUUGCGCAUACAAUGCGAGGGUCUGUCCGUCGACCCGAAGCUCAACUACGACAAGAUUGCGGAGCUGACGCCCGGCUAUGUGGGCGGCGAUUUGAUGGCACUGGUCUGCCGUUCCGCCGCCGUUGCCGUCAAGCGCCGGUCGAUGAAGAAGUUCCGUGAGCUGCACGCGGCCAGCGAGAAGAACAUGACCACGGUCGAGCUGGACGAUGAUGAACCCAAUGACGAGACUGUUUUAGGCGGCAAGGCCGAAGCAAAGGCAGAAGGGGCCAAGGCCGAUGGCGCCAAAGACGUGGAGGAGACAUCCGGAGACAAGAGCGAUAAAGACAAGUCGGACGGGGAGAAUCUUAAUAAAUCCGAUAGCGACAAUGCAGAGAAAGGUGCCGAAGGAGCUACCAACGGAAAGACGCCUGACAAACCUUCAAACGCUGCCAUGGAUGUGGAUGAGAAUGAAGAGAAGCUACUGACAGACGAGAAUGAUUACUACGAGCCCACACUGGCCGAGCUGACCAACUUUCUGGACAAUCCGCCAGAAGAGUUCUACGAUCCCAAUUUCUGUCUCACUUUAGUUGACUUCAUGGCCGCCAUUAAAGUGAUGCAGCCAUCGGCCAAGCGCGAAGGAUUUAUCACCGUGCCAGACACCACCUGGGAGGAUAUUGGGGCGCUGCAGGACAUACGCGAUGAGCUUAAGCUUGCGGUCCUAGCUCCGGUCAAGUAUCCGGAGAAACUGGAGCGCCUUGGCUUGACUGCACCAUCUGGCGUGCUGCUAUGCGGUCCACCUGGUUGUGGCAAGACCCUGCUGGCCAAAGCCAUAGCCAACGAGGCGGGCAUCAACUUUAUUUCGGUGAAGGGCCCAGAGCUGAUGAACAUGUAUGUUGGCGAGAGUGAGCGUGCUGUGCGCUCCUGCUUCCAACGGGCUCGCAACUCGGCUCCCUGCGUCAUCUUUUUCGAUGAGUUCGACUCGCUGUGCCCCAAACGAUCCGAGGGUGGCGAUGGCAACAACUCGGGCACGCGCAUUGUCAACCAGCUGCUCACCGAAAUGGAUGGCGUGGAGGAGCGCAAAGGAGUCUACAUUCUGGCUGCGACCAAUAGACCAGACAUUAUCGAUCCGGCUAUUCUGCGUCCUGGUCGCUUGGACACUAUACUGUAUGUGGGAUUGCCCGAGCAGAAUGAACGCGCCGAGAUUCUGAAGGCAAGCACCAAGAAUGGAACGCGUCCUGUUAUGGCCGACGAUGUGGAUCUAGAUGAUUUGGCUGCACAAACCGAGGGCUAUACCGGUGCCGAUUUGGCUGGGCUGGUCAAGCAGGCCUCCAUGUAUGCCUUGCGCCAGGCCCUGGCUGAGGACGAUGACAACCUGGACGGCUUGUGUGUGCGCCGUCAGCACUUCAAGGAUGCCUUGCAGCAGCUACGUCCCUCAGUCAGUGAGCAGGAUCGCAAAGUGUACGAAAAACUGCGCCAGAAGUAUGCCGCACCUCGGCUGCCAGCGUUCGAUGCUAAGUAAAUCUCAACAAGAAUAUAUUUGUUGCAUUAGUCGUUAAACAAAAACCCCCACCCCCACAAAAACCCAAUCAAUAUUAAGAGAAAGGCAAAGAAUUUCUGUAAAGAAACGAAUUUGUUACGACCCACACAUCCCAUUCAAACGAUUGAUUAUUCAGACAAAACUAAUUAAAAGCCCAAUCCAAAGGUAUAACCUGGGAAACCAAACCAUCCAUCCCAGUGGACGUUGGCCAACA